AUGAGUUUUGGUGUGAUUUUGAUGUUCGGCAAACAGCUGUGCCCUAGUACUAUUCCUGCUCCUUGGGCUAAUGAUAUGAAAGAUGCAAAUGCUAUUGGCCAGAAUGCUCUAACGAGGUAUUUUGAAAUGUCCACCAGUCAGCGUCCGGGUGCCUGCUGGCUCGUGGAAGCAUUGGAGAUUGAAAUGAAAGCUGUGGGUAUUCAAGCGCCUGAUAUCGCUGCCUAUCUUACGAUGAUCUAUUGGGUGAUAAAUGCAAACGCCUGGAAAGUAUCAUUUUGGAUGCUCGCUUAUGUUCUCCACAAUCCAAGCCUUUUGGCCAAGAUACGGCUUGAACUUAAACUCAUCAUGACAACUCCCGCAUCUCAGGAUCCCAACUCUCUUGCCAAUUCAUUUGUUCCUACAGCUACUCCCCAUUUUCUCGCCUUGUACCACGAAGUUUUGAGGCUUAUAACUUCAUCUGUGUCUGUUCGCAAUAUCGCAUCUCCUACUUACGUCGGUGGAAAAGAACUACAGCCAGGCGGGAGAGUCAUCAUUCCAUAUCGACAAUUAAUACUCAAUGAUGAAGUUUUCGGGGCCGAUGCUGGUGGAUUUCACCCGGAGAGGUUUAUGACCAAUGAUAAGCUGAACGUAAACCCGAGCUACAGACCUUAUGGCUGUGGUUCAACUUACUGCCCAGGGCGAUUUCUGGCCAAGGCGGAGGUAUUAACUUGUGUUGCUUUAGCUCUGUGGAGAUUUGAUAUGCAACUCAUAGAUAAAGAAGAUAUUGGGCUUGAUAUUCAUGAAAAGAGCUUUGAGUCAAGGGCUAAGACACAGUUUCCACGUCUGGAGAUAAAGAAGCCUUGCUUAGGCAUUAUGGGCCCAGUGGAUGGAGAUGAUGUUUUCGUCAAUAUUUCCUCUUGA